ACAUAUAUAUAUAGUACAUGCGAGUUUGUUUAUGUUAAUUUAUUUUUAUAUUACUAUCUUAUUGAAGCUAUAGGUAACUAUGGCUGAAUCAGAUGAUGAGUCAGGUGGCCAAGCUUCAGGGAGCAGAGAACUACUGCAAGAAAGGCUCCUUCCCAUAGCAAACGUGGGAAGGAUCAUGAAGAAAGCGUUACCGGCGAAAGCAAAGAUAUCAAAGGAAUCAAAAGAAACUAUGCAAGAGUGUGUAUCAGAGUUCAUAAGUUUCAUAACAGGUGAAGCAUCUGAAAAGUGUCAGAAAGAGAAGAGGAAAACAAUAAACGGUGAUGAUCUUUUGUGGGCUAUGACUACACUUGGUUUUGAAGAAUAUGCUGAGCCUCUUAAGGGUUACCUUCAUAGGUAUAGGGAGAUUGAAGGUGACAAGAAUUUUUCUAUGAGUAUGAUUGGUAAGGAGCAACAGGGUAGUAGUAGUGCUGAUAAUCGAUUCUUCCAAGGCUGAUUUUUAUAUAUUUGCAACAAAUAUUAACAGGUUUAUUUGUUUAUGGCUUUAUGCCUCUUUUAGAGGUUUUAAAUGUUUGAUUAUAGAACUAUACAUCAGAUUGUUGUUUUGUUUGUAUUUUUGUUGUUGAGAUUGAAACACACACAUUAAUUAUAGUGAUGUGUUUGUGUUUUUUGGGUUGAGAUUGAAAUAUACAUACUCAUUAUUUAUGGUGAUGAUUUGUAAUUUGUUUUGCUGAGAAUUUUGAGAUUGAAAAUAUACAUACCACAUUAGUUUUGGUGAUGAUUUGGAAUA